CCCCACCCCCAUCCCCACCCUGUUUCAUGGGAAUUUUCUCUGGUUGUGUGGAAAAGCCUUAGGAAUUUGUAUGAAAUUAGGCAGUUCAGGGGUCCUGGCAUCGGCACUUGGUGACUGUGAUGUCGCUGGGACAGGGUGGAGCAGACUUUAUGGGCAGAAUCAAAUGGUAGUGAAGGGCAUCGAUAUUACCACGGCAACUUUACCUAGCCCUCUACAGGUGAGAAGGAACUUUCAGAUACUUUGUGUAAUCCGCUCAGCCCUAAGGCUGCAAUUAACAUUCUCCUGACACUUGACCAACAUGGAUUUCAGUAAAUGUCUGUAUAAUAUUGGGGAACAGCUGGGCAGUGAUGAGCUGGCCUCCCUCAAAUUCCUGAGCCUGGACUACAUCCCACAAAAGAAGCAAGAACCCAUCAAAGAUGCCUUGAUGUUAUUCCAGAGACUCCAGGAAAAGAGAAUGUUGGAGGAAAGCAACCUGUCCUUCUUGAAGGAGCUGCUUUUCCGAAUUAAUAGACUGGACCUGCUGUUCAACUACCUGAACACCAGCAAGGAAGCAAUGGAGCAGGAGCUUCAGAUACCAGGCAGAGCCCAGAUCCCUCCCUACAGGGUCAUGCUUUUUCAGAUUUCAGAAGAUGUAAACAAAUUGGAAUUGAGGUCGUUUAAGUUUCUUUUGAGCCAGGAGAUCUCCAGAUGUAAAGUGGAUGAUGAUAUGAACUUGCUUGAUAUUUUCAUAGAGAUGGAAAAGAGGGUCAUCCUAGGGGAAAGAAAUUUGGACACUCUGAAAAGAAUCUGUGACCAAAUCAACAAGAGCCUGCUGAAGAAAAUCACUGAUUAUGAAGAAUUAAGCAGAGAGGGAAGAAUGAGCCUUCAAAGAAGUCCAGAUGAAUUGUCAAAUGGGGAGGAAUCCCUGGCAAUGAUGGCAUUAUCGGACUCUCUAGAAGAACAGGACAGUGAGUCACAGACAUCGGACAAAGUUUACCGAAUGAAAAGCAAACCUCGCGGAUAUUGUUUGAUCUUUAACAAUUAUGAUUUUAGCAGAGCACGGAAGGAUGUGCCCAAACUUCAGAACAUUAAGGAUAGGAAUGGAACAAACUUCGAUGCAGAAGCUUUGAGUAAGACCUUUAGUGAGCUUCAUUUUGAGAUUGUGAAUUUCAAAGACUCUACAGCAAAGACAAUCUGUGAAGUUCUGAAAUCCUACCAAAGAAUGGACCAUAAUAACAAAGAUUGCUUCAUCUGCUGUAUCCUCUCCCAUGGAGACAAAGGCAUUAUUUAUGGCUCUGAUGGGCAGGAAGCCCCCAUCUAUGAGCUGACUUCUUACUUCACUGGUUCAAAGUGCCCUUCCCUUGCAGGCAAGCCCAAAAUCUUUUUUAUUCAGGCUUGUCAAGGGGAUAACUACCAGAGAGGUAUAGCUGUUGAGACUGACUCCGAACAGAAGGAAGACUACUUAGAAAUGGACUCAUCAUUUCAGAAGAGAUAUAUCCCAGAUGAGGCUGAUUUUCUGCUGGGGAUGGCCACUGUGAACAACUGUGUUUCCUACCGAAACCCUACGGAGGGGACCUGGUAUAUCCAGUCACUUUGCCAGAGCCUAAGAGAAAGAUGUCCUAGGGGCGAAGAUAUCCUCACCAUCCUUACUGAGGUGAACUUUGAAGUGAGCAAUAAGGAUGACAAGAAAAACAUGGGGAAACAAAUGCCACAACCUACUUUCACACUGAGGAAAAAACUCUUCUUCCCUCUUAAUUGAUGCUGUUUAGUUGCAUAACACUAUGCUUAAUUUAUUUGUUAGUAAAAUGCUGCUAUCAGCUUAUUUUUUUUUCUUUUGGAUGGCAGGAAGGGGAGAGAAUGGAAGUCAGGACAACUUAAUUCCUAUGCAAAUUCAAGCCUAAAUCUCUGGCUUUGCAAUAAUAGCUACUGGAGAUUGAUAGCCACAGGCAUGGUUUUAAUUUUAUUUUUGAUUCAAUGAAAAAGUUCCUAAAAAACUUACAGUAGAUAAAAAAUACAAUAAGCAUAAAUGAAAUGUAACAUCAUAAAGUUCAAAAGCAGUGGCAGAAUGUUCUUUGUACAUCUCUCAUCUGCUUUCAACCUAGAAUCAUUUUUCUAAAUGUUUGUGAGAGACACAGAGCAUGAGUGUGGGGGUGGGGGUGGGCAGAGAGAGAGAGACACACACACAGAAUCUGAAGCAGGCUCCAGGCUCUGAGCUGUCAGCCCAGAGCCCCACACAGAGGGCUUGAACUCAUGAACUGUGAGGUGAUGACCUGGGCCAAAGUUGGGCACUUAGCCGGCAGAGCCACCCAGGCACCUCUCAACCUAGAGUCAUUUGAUUCCCUUCAAAUUGUUAAGCAUUAAAUAAAUAAAAAAUAAAAUAAAAUAAAAAGGAUGUUAUUCCAAAGCUUUAACCUGGGACACAGAGUUAAUGGUGGUGCAGAGAUUUCAUAAGGCAUAAGAAGACUGGAAGUGGAGAAAGCAAUUUCCCACUUGAGGACUCAGAAUUAAGUGAAUGUUGUUCAAGUAUUGGGAGAGGAUGUUAAGAAAACCAUAAUUCUCCUCCUUUCCGUGAAAGAACUAAUUCCUCAUUCUUGGUUCCUAUGAGAAUUUGUCAGGCUUACAUUCCUGCUAACUGGAUGUGAUUCUAUGGGGCAGAAUGUGAGGUACAACUGUAAAAGGUGUCGUUAAAAAGGAGACAGUAGGCCCCAAAUGGAGUCCCUUGUGCUAAACUCCAUGUCAGCAAAUUAAGACUUAAUACCUAACCAAAAUGCAAUUCCCCAGGAAUAUAAUCUUUAGUCAAUCAACAUGGAAUCACCUGAUUAGCACUGGUGAAAUAAUCCUCCUGAUUAACUCUUUCCAUUCCCCUUAGGAAAGUGACCUAAUUCAAUUUGAUCUUUAAAUUUACUCAGUUGAAUUUCUGUUGUUUAACAGUAUGCAGGGGGAUGCCAGUGACCUCCUCUCAAAGGUCACUGAGGGAGAUUUUGUGAUCUGACCUAGCUAAGAAAACAAACAAACAAAAACCUACCUCGUGUGUAAUGCUCCCACAUCCAACCUGAGCUCUUCUGGCAUGUGUGCUGGGCAAUCUCAGAAACAUGUGAGCCUCCUCUCCUGAGUUAUGAGGAAACCCUGAUUUCAGACACCAUGACUCUGUCUAGAUUUAGAUUAUACAAAACUGAGGAAUGAUUUUCCUUGUUCUUAUUAUUUAUAAGUACAAUUAACCUCACUUUUGAAGGAACUGAUGUUAAUGGCAUAUAAAUUUUAUUUUUUGUACUUCCAGUCUCUCCCUUUCCAAGCCAUCCUCUACACUAAUUUAUAAGUUUAAAAAAAAUUUUUUUUAACGUUUAUUCAUUUUUUGAUAGAAACAGUGUGAAUGGGGGAGGGGAAGAGAGAGAGGGAGACAUAGAAUCCCUAGCAGGCUUCAGGCUCUGAACUGACAGCACAGAACCUGAUGCAGGGCUCGAACUCACGGACCUUGAGAUCAUGACCUGAGCUGAAGUCGGACGCUUAACGGACUGAGCCACCCUGGCGCCCCUGUAAGUUUUUUUAAAUAUAAAUUUGAAGAUGUAAUUUCUUAUGUUAAAAGCUUUUUUACCAAUUGAUUUGCUUUUGUUCUAACAAUAUUGUGUCCCUUUCAUGUAUUUGCAUUUGCUCUUUCUUUAUGUGUUAAUUCUAAAUCUUUAUAAACUUAAAAAAAACUGUUUCUUUAAAGAAUGUUUUUUGAAUAGUAUUUCUUUUCAAUAAUGUUUUUAACAUUAUAAAAUAGAAUUUGAACUUACUGUUGGUUGGAGAUUGUUUUGUUCAUUUUGUUUUUGUUUUUUGUCAUUGACCUCUCACAGGUGGAAAAUGUUUGGAUCAUAGAUAUGUUUUACUUUAGUUCCCCAGUGUUGGCUCAUACAGUUGUAAAUUUUAAAAAUUUAUUGCCCAUCUUUUCAUGUG